CAACUGUCAAGUAAUAACGGGCAACAGGUGCGAACUGAAGACAGGUUCAGCCAAUCAGCUGUUCUUGUUUGUACACGUUCCCGUGUUGUUAUGCUUGCUGGUGGAAGUGAGUGUCAUGCUUGAUUAGAUAACGCAUAAUGACGUCUUACUGAAGUUCGUUUUUGCAGUAGGGCAAAGUGUUUAGGCCUUUGGAUGCAAGAAAAAUGACUGACACAGAAGAAAUAGAUGGAAAUACUAUUCUGGCAGAAGCCUUGAGAGACCAGGGAGUGCAAUAUGUUUUUGGAAUCGUUGGCAUCCCUGUUGUGGAGCUGAGCAUGAGCCUACAGCAGGCAGGAUUGCACUAUGUUGGCAUGAGAAAUGAACAAGCAGCUUGCUAUGCAGCUCAAGCUGUUGGCUUCCUCACUGGUCGACCAGGUGUUUGCCUUGUGGUCUCAGGGCCUGGCUUGCUUCACUGUACUGGUGGUAUGGCAAAUGCACAGAUUAACUGCUGGCCAUUGAUAGUGAUUGGUGGUUCAGCUCCUCAAGAUCAUGAAGGGAUUGGUGGAUUUCAAGAAUGUCCUCAGGUAGAACUGAGCCGCCCAUAUUGCAAAUAUGCUGCUCGCCCACCAAGUCCUUCACUCAUUCCACUACACGUUGAAAAAGCAGUUCGCCUCUCUGUUUAUGGAAGACCAGGUGUGAGCUACCUGGACUUCCCAGGAAACCUGCUUAUUCAACGUGUGCCACGGGACACUGUGGGUUGGAUGCCACCUUGUGCCAGUCCACCUGUUAUCUAUCCAGAUCCAGACCUUAUUCAGAUUGCUGGCCAAUUGCUGACCAGUGCAAAACAUCCACUUGUAAUAGUCGGCAAAGGAGCAGCAUAUGGAAAGGCUGAGCAUGCAGUUAGAGAACUGAUUAAAGCUACGUCCUUACCAUUUUUGCCAACUCCAAUGGGGAAAGGUGUUGUGAGUGACACUGACGAACACUGUGUUGCAUCUGCAAGAACAUUUGCACUUCAAAAUGCUGAUGUCAUACUGCUACUUGGUGCCAGACUCAACUGGAUGCUACAUUUUGGACGACCACCCCGUUUUGAUGCUGCAGUGAAGAUAAUACAGGUUGAUAUUUGUGCUGAAGAGCUUCAUAACAGUGUAGCUUCUGCAGUAGCCAUUCAGUCUGAUGUCCGAGUUGCAGCAACACAACUGGCAACACUUCUCCGAUCAAAAGCAUGGAAGCUUCCUAAGACAAGUAACUGGUGGAAGUUGUUGGACAAAAAGUGUUCUGACAACAAGAAAUCUGUACAGGCUAUGUGUUUGGACACAACAGUUCCACUGAAUUAUUAUACAGUUUUUCAUCAUAUUCAGGAACUUAUUCCAAAAGACUGCAUCAUUGUGAGUGAAGGUGCCAACACAAUGGAUAUAGGAAGAUCAGUUCUUUCCAACAUUCUUCCGAGGCACAGGUUGGAUGCUGGCACAUUUGGAACAAUGGGUGUAGGACUGGGAUUUGGUAUUGCUGCUGCCUUAUGGUGCAGAACAAAUUCACCAAGUAAACGAGUCGUGUGUGUUGAAGGAGAUUCUGCUUUUGGUUUUUCUGGGAUGGAAAUAGAAACAAUGUUCAGGUACAAACUGCCAGUGAUAAUAAUAAUUGUAAAUAACAAUGGAAUAUAUGGUGGGUUUGAGAAAGAAUUCUUCAAAGACUUACAGGAAGCUGGAGAAAUUACAAAAGUGACUCCACCAUCUGCUCUGUCAGUAAAUGCUCGAUAUGAUAAAAUGAUGGGCAUAGCUGGAUAUGAUGGUUAUUAUUGUACAACUGUGCAACAGCUCCAGAGUGCUGUCCGGAAUUCGCUAAUGGUGAAUGACCGACCCAGUAUUAUCAAUGUCUCCAUCAAUCCAUCAGCAGAUCGCAAACCACAAAAUUUUGGUUGGCUGACUGAAUCUAAGCUCUGAGAUUCAGCUUUCUUGAAAUUUGUGUGCUGCAUGGGUACUUUUGCAAUGUGCUGAGUUAGGAAGUCUUUGUAUAUUAUGAUACAACUGUUACAGAUAUGUGAUAUUUAGAAUAUCUGUGACUAAAAAGUAUUAUAUUUAAUUGGGAUCCAAUUUAUGUGAAUGUGGUUACAUAUAUAUAUAAGGACAAUUUUUAUAUGAUUAAAUUUAUUAUGUUUUGCUAUGGUGACAUCAGAAAAAAGACAAUAUAAAAAAUUACAAUUCAAUAACUAGUAACAAAAAGGUAUUAAAAGUACAUGACAUAUUUAAGGCAAUGAAUUUCAUGCAACCACCACACCAUGGUCAUGUUUGUCUGCAUACCAAGGUGGGCUACAUAUGUAAACUUUGUGUCAUGCAGAGUAGAUGUCAACUAGUUACUUUUGGCACUUUGUUCAUGGAGGCACAUCCAGCUGGUAACUUGGUACAAGCAGAAAUUGUAUGCUGUGGAAACAAUCUGAAUAUACACUUAGCUCCAACUGAAAACACCAGAUGGAAAACAUUCGCAGGUGACCCCUUGUUUCUUCAUGUGGGUAUGGUGUUAGAACACUUGAUAAGUAAAUUACAGACCCAUGAUGUGGCGUGAUGGAAUCAGCUAAGAUAGGUAGAAAUUUAACAGGUAGAUGACUUCCGGCUAAUAUACUGUCAUCGGUCAGACGCCCUUGACAGCACCAGGAAUACAGCAGUACCACAGACAUAAUUUCUUUAUGGUUCUGAACUGUGGCAGUGACCUUGUUCAUUAGUGUAUUUUUCAUACUGAUCAUGAAUUGUUGUGCCUUUUUGUUCUGGUACAUGUUAAAACAACUACUGUUCUUAUUAGUUGAGUUGGAAGUUUGUAUAACAAUAGGGUCAAAAAUAGCAAGAGACUGUUCAAAGGAGUAGCACAGCCAGCUUUACCAUCUCUUGCAUUUGUGUAUAUUUACAAUUUGUAAUAAUUAUCAAAUCAACAUGAAUACCAUUCAAGUUGAGCAAGGUGACUUUACUCUGUGUACAUACAACCAGAUAUCUGUUCAUGUACAACAGAUUUCUUAUCUUUUGUCUGGACAUAUCAUUCUAGGAUAAAAAAAAGUAGCUCACGUCUGCCAGUUCCAAUGAAGGUUUUUGGAUGGUUUCUUUUGUUUGUAAGGCAAAUGCUAGAACUGGUACUCCUGAAUAUCCCCCAUGCAGAUUCCCCCUGGCCCCUUAACAGCUCACCUGGUAUAGGUCAGAAAAGCCCUUUCGAGGUAGAAAAAAACUAUUAACCAUUGUACUGUCUCACAUCAGAAGUAUCGAGCAAGUUAAAAAAUAGCAAUGAUGUUACUUUAGGCAAUAGUUGUGAAAAUAUGCUUGGACUUUACCAAUGUUGUCAGUGAUUCAGGUGAUGGAAAUGUGAGAAUUUGCUUUAAAACGACAGCAAUUCAUUAUUUCUUUUGUAGCAAGGUGACAGUUUCAUGCACGACAUUGCUGUGAACUGUCAAUGUUCUUGCAUUUGAGUACAGUGCAUCCUGCCUUUUUCUUCAAUGUGCUGAGUACCACAUCUUCACUAAGACAUGCUGAAAUAAACAAACUAUUUAGAA